AUGGACGGAUAUUGGGAUGUUGUGGUGUCGUCCUUGCAAGACAUAUACAAUGCUAACGAGGUCAUUCCCUUCGAUGAUGACUUGCAGACUAAGCAACUAGAUUUCCCUAAUAUGUCAAAGGAUCAGCUGCAAUUGCAUCUCACAACAUUCCAAGAACAUAUGGAAAACGUCAACAGAGUGCACCGCAUCCUUGACAAUGUGCGUUCCAAUUUGUCCUUGAUGUUGAAUCAGCCGCGAGAAGAAAAGGAUGAAGAGAAAAAUACGGAAGAUGUAGAAGAAGCAGAAGGGGCAACUACGCCAUCCUCACAGGGCAAAAAGGCUGUGGGGAAGGUUGGCAGAUCGUACUGGACCAGCGAAUACAACCCGAAUGCUCCUAUCUUGGUGGGCUCAGAGGUUGCUUAUAAACCUAGAAGGGGCAAUGCAGAUGGCGAAUGGAUCCAAUGUGAAGUGUUGAAGAUAGUAGCAGAUGGAACGCGAUUUGAAGUAAGAGACCCUGAACCUGAUGAAUUGGGCAAUCCGGGCAAGGUAUAUAAAUGUAAUUGGAAAGAACUACUGUUGAUUCCACCGGGUGUUCCUACCAAGAACUAUCCGCCAGGUACGAAGGUUCUAGCGAGAUAUCCUGAGACUACUACUUUUUAUCCCGCAAUCGUCAUUGGAACCAAGAGAGAUGGCACUUGCAGGCUUCGAUUUGAUGGUGAAGAAGAGGUAGAUAAGGAAACAGAGGUAACUCGCCGUCUAGUGCUUCCUUCGCCAAUGGUAUCAGCGAACCCAGCAAAGAAAUAG